UCACAUGGAAUGCUGCGCUUUUGCUGUAUCUCCCUGAAGUGAGGAGUCGUUAAUUGAUGAAACACAAUCACCAAAAUGGCAAAAAAUGGAGAUCGACACAGUUGAAACUCGUAAGAGUCCUAAGACGUCUUCAGAAAUUAGUUUCGCAACUAUGAUUGACAUAGAUCAACCAGGCCCUUCACGUUGUCAACUUUUAUCUACUGAAACUUCGGCAAUUCGGGCAGACAUUGCUACACCAAGUGGAACUAUCACAUUUGCAAACAUGAAAAAGUCACCAACUUUGUCUCUUAAAACUUUUAUUGGUCAUGAGAGACGAUGCCAAAUUUUAAAGAACAUUAACGUCACUAGGCAAAAAUUCCUAUUCCCAAGGGAAAAAUAUCUUUAUUCCAAAGUUAUAGAAUCCAGCAAUAAGUUAAGCAGAAUCAGUAGAAGGUUGUCGUCAUUUAAAUCCAAAGUUUCUUCUGCUGAAUAA